AUGGCUGCUGAUUCACCAACCUUAUUUUCCUCUUCUCCCAAUAGUACUCUAGAUCAUGCAGGACAUCAUGGGUUAUCGGCACCUGCGAUAGCUGGGAUAGUGGUAGCAGUUGUACUUGUAAUUUGUGUUGUUGUUGCUGUGUUCUGCUACUUCCAGAGAAGGAAGAAGAAGCGGUUGGAGAUGCUAGUACGUACAGGCAAAGGAAUGCAAACUUUGGAAGCUUCGUGCCAGCUGGCUAAUCGGAUGCAGCCUACAGAAGCUGGUAAUGCUGUGCGCCAGCCCACUAUUCAGCUGCACAACAUCGAAGCUGGUAAUUGCUCUUCAAGGGUGGAAGGCGAGUUCUCCUUUGGUUUCCUACAAGAGGUAACGCAAAACUUCAGUGAACAAAAUUUGUUAGGCGAGGGGGCAUUUGGGAAGGUCUAUAGAGGGAAGUUUCCGGACGGGACCGAGGUUGCUGUUGAGAGGCUGAAUCUCAUAUUAGGUGUAGCUGGGUUGAUGGCGUUCCAGGCUGAGCUCUCCAUUUUGAAGAUGACACACAGACACCUCGUAUCUGUGAUUGGGUUCUGUAACCAAGGCGUUGAGCAUCUGAUUGUUUACGAAUUCAUGGAGAGCGGAACACUACACCAAAAGCUCUUUGAGUGGAUUGACACUGGUGGCAACCCCAUGAGCUGGGAUGAGAGGAUUGUAGUGGCGCUAGAUGUGGCUAAGGGCUUGCACUACCUCCACAGUCUGUCCAGGGAGGCCUUUGUACACAGGGAUGUAAAAUGUAAAAAUAUCCUACUUGACAGGGAUAUGAGGGCCAAAAUCUCGGAUUAUGGCCUGGUGAAGGCAAUGACAGAUGAUGAGAAGUCGGUGGUGACCAAGUUAGCUGGAACUCGUGGAUACCUUGCGCCUGAGUACGCAAUGACUGGUCAUUUGUCGAUCAAAGCUGAUGUGUAUGCUUUUGGCAUAGUUCUCUUAGAACUUAUUACAGGUCAGACGAUAGUGGACGAUGGUCAGGCAGGGAAGAAUUUGGCAAUGCGCUUUCGUCCCGUCUACAAGAGGGGCAUGGAGAAUGUGAGAGCUUUGGUCGACCGGUCACUCGACCCGGAUGCACAGGGCCUUAAUGGAGGCUCUGAGAGAUGGCCCCAGCAUGCAGAGGAAGAGGAGGAAGAAGAAGAAGAAGCUGCUUUUGACAGGGAACGUUUUCUUCGGGAUUUGGGUAAUGAUGGAGAAGGCACCACGGCUUAUUACAGCGUCUGGGACUUGGAGCAGGGUCAGUAA